AUGAGUUAUCGAGAUGAAAUAUUGAAGUCUCUGAAGGAGCGGGAUCGAUUCAUACAGCAAUUUGCCAGGAUCGUCGAGAGUUGUAUGUUUUUUUAAGGUUUUUGGCAUUUUUUAAUGGUUUUGAAGUCUAAAGCAAUAAAUUUUCACGGGUUUAUUGGCCAUUUUUUGCUGUUUUAGAUGCUUCACUGUCUGAUUCUUUAAAUUAUGUGUUGAGUCGACAAAGAAUCGAUGGAGGAACAACAACAACGUGAGUUUUUUGGGUUCUGUUUUGUUGUUUUAGGUGUUGUGUCGUUUGGAAAGAUCUUAACUGAAAUUUGACAUAACUAAUUGCUUUCAUGUUUUUUAGUUAGUAACUACAUAUUGUUUGGCGUAUUUUACAAAAAAAAUUUAUUAAAAAAAAGUUAAUUUUAUUAAAGUUAAGGUUAAAAGUAAAUGUCGUAGGCUGGAGAUAGAAAAGUUUUCUCUGAAAAGGCCAUAACUUUGGUCAAACUUAAGUUUUGUCGCUUGUUUUUGGUUUUUAAGUUUAGAAAGAGUCUGUUAAAGAGAAGUGUAAAACAUUUUUGCAAUUGGUUAACGUUAACUUUAUCAAUCAUUGAGUAGAGGCCAGGCCAUGGAUAAUAUGAUUUUUAAUUUAUUCUUGCUUUAAUGAUUGAGAAGGAUGUUUCAGUGAUAAUUAAGAAGAACUGUACAUGUUUAUACGUAUUUACUUUAGUUUUUAAACAUAAUAUUACUUUCAUAUAUCAAAUUUUAGUGAAUCUUCAAAAGACACUGAGGAACUCCGAAAAGAGCUGUCUGAAGUUUACAAACGGAAAGCGGCGAAUGAUGAGCUUUUAAUAGAAGCUCAAAAGAAGGUCAGGGAGUUGGAGAAAAGGUUGACAGAAGUUGUGGAAGAUAAGGGAUCGUUGGAACAUGAAGUUAAGGAGCUUAAGGAAGAGAUUAAGAAGAAGGUAGCUGAACUUGAAGAGUAUAAACGAGUGAAUGCGUUAUUGAACGAUGAAUUAUUGGCUACGCAUGUAAGUUUUUUAAUUUUGUGGUUGAAUUUUAGGGUAUCUUGGAUUGGCAUGGACGUUUUUCUUAAUUUUAAGAGAGGGGACGGAGCUAUGGUCAAGUAUAACAUUGUUUUAGGUUAUUAAUGAAAUAUUAAGCUUUAAAGCGGCUAUUUCUUUUGUUCUAAGCCUAAAAUCAGUUAAAUAGUGUUGAUUUUAAGCUUUAGAAGAGGGAACUAUAGUUUCUAAUAGUAAUAUUGAACUUUUCAGAUCCAAGUCAAAAGCUUAAAUACCAAAUUUGUGAAUGCUGAUCAAGAACGAGUUGUGUUGUUGAACAAGAUCAAGGAGUUGAAAGAGAAGGAGAUUGAGUAUAUGAACGAGUUUAAUGAUAAAGAACAUCAGUAAGUCUUUGUUCUUGACAUUAUUUUUUGAUUUUUAGAUAAAAGCACUUGCAAUUUUAAGUAUGCAUGACUAAUUUAGGUAAAAAAUCCUCUUGUUUUGCAAUUUUUUAAAAUAAAACUGAAUUUCAAAGCUGUUUUUGAGGUUUUUAGCUAAAAAUGAUGUUUUAGAAUCCGACUACAACGCUUAAGGUCAGAAAUUGAUGAGGCAACGAAGCCCUCAAGUCAAAGUUCAUCAAGAAGAAAUUCAAGAAAGUACAGCGAAACAUCCUCAAUAUCUGCCUUUGAUUCUAUACCUACAAAGUGUGAAUUCAAAUUUGUAAGUUCCUUUUUGAGGUUUGUUCAAAAAUGGCAUUUCGAAAAAAUGGAAAAUUUUUUUGUUACCUAAAAGUAUUAAAAAAUGAAUUUUUGUUACCUAAAAGUGUUAAAAAUCGUCUUUGUUACCUAAAAUAAAAAAAAAUUUUAUUACCUAAAAUUUCAAAAUCAAUUUUUAAGGAAUGCGACAGUAACGGUGAAGUAAACGACAUCAUCUGGAAUCGGUCUGGUCGAUUAUUUUACACUGGUGGCAGUGACAAGCUCAUCCGUAUAUAUGAACCUCAGCCAAAUGCUCCGCCUGUACUCAAAGCUAAAAUGCCAUGCUCAACCAAGGCCAUAAAUCGACUGGACUUGCAUCCAGACAGCCCAUUACUACUGGCAGCUUGUAGUGAUAAUACGGCUUAUCUGUUUGACACUGAUGGGAAGAAGAAGUUGGUGGGUUUUUGAAAGAUUAUCGGUCAAAAAUUAGUUGGAAAGUUGGUUUUUUGGGCCAAAAUUGGCUGAACAUUAGAUUUUGUGGUCCGAAAGUUUUCAGAAAAGCAUAAUUUUUAUUAUUUUAUUCAAAAAAUUGGAGAAAAUACCAAAUUUUUGAUAAUUUUUUAGUAAUUUCAAGGCGCGCCAAAAAGAAUUGGCCUUUUUUCUAUAUAAACUCAUAGAAAAACGACCAAUUCUUUUGGCGCGUCUUAUAAAAUGCCAUUUUUUAAUAGACUUUUUAAAAAAAUUUUGGUUUUUGGUAGACUUACGAUAAGAUAUUGUAGUUCUCCUUCACUGGCCAUUCUGACAAAGUCCUAGCGGCCAAAUUCUUGCCACAAUCGAAUCGAAUUGUCACCGGUUCCAGCGAUCGAACUCUCAGGCUGUGGGAUCAAACUUCAAGGGUUUGUAAGUUUUUAAUGAAUUUUUGGGCUUGGGAUGAGUGUUUUUGGUCAUAAAUUGGUUAGCAUUACAUUUUGUUACCUAAACUAAUAAAACGCCAGGUUUUAAAAAGUGGAGGUUGAGUGGAAGAUUUGUAAUGUAUUUUGCACUGAAAAUAUUCCACUUAACUUCCAUUUUUUAAAUGUCAUAAAAUGUCUUAAAAACACGUUUUUGACACGUUUUGGACAAGUUUGGUGGAAGAUUUGUUAUGUAUUUUGCACUGAAAAUCUUCCACUCUACUUUCGUUUUUCAAACCGGUCGAAAAUUCCUUAAAACUGAUUUUAAAUCAGUUUUUUAGGCUUUCAAAUGAUUAAAAAGUUAUUAAAAUGUCAUUUUAGGUGUGCGAACGCUGAUGCCAGCCUCAAUGUGCUCGGACAUAGCUACUUGUAAUAGGGGUAUAGCUAGCUCUCACUACGACAAAUGGAUCCGACUAUGGGAUGGGAGGUCGGAAACUCCUUAUCAUCAAAUCAAAAUGGACGGACGUAUUACUUCGCUAAAUUUAUCGACUGGUAAGAUGGGAUUUCUUACUGUAAUGGCUUUAAAGGGGAUGGGAACGGGGGAGAUGAGGGAGAAGCAAAAUCUUUGAAAAAUAUGAAAGGCUAUGACAACCCAUGGUAAAAAUACUAUUUUUCAUAUAAAAUGGCAAUACGCUAGCCAUAAUAUAUUGAAAAAUGGCAAAAAUCAUCCGUAACCGGAUAUUGUUGUAGAUGGCCAGCUCCUCCUAGCCUGUUGCCGAGACGAAACCCUAUCCCUAAUCGAUCUGAGGCAGAACGAGGUGUUUCAUAUCUAUUCGGCUGAUCAAUUCCGAACCUCGUACGAGUAUUGUAAAUGUGCCAUAAGCCCGGGCGGAGGCUAUGUGUCAGCCGGCUCAUGGGACGGCCAACUCUUCAUUUGGAAUUUGCAUAGCACCAAGUUGGAGAAGAUUUUGAAUGGGCAUGAGUAAGUGGAUUUUUAAGGGUGUUUUGAUAGAGAAAGCUUGUUGGACUGGGACUUAAAAAAUUGUCGGAAGGUCCCGCCACGAAAACAUGAAUUUCGUUUUUUUUGGCUCAAAAAACGCUUGAAAACGGACAAAAAUUUCUUUUUAAAGACAGAAUUUGAAAUUCAGUUUUGCUUGAUUUGAUAGAUUUGUAUGUUUAGUUUUUACAAAUCAGGUCCCGCCACGAAAACUUGAAUUUUGUUUUAGGUUCCAAAACUUGCAAAAACUCACUUAAAAUUGCAUGACUAAAACAAUUUAAUGAAGUUUUACGGCCUUAAAGGACCACAAAACUUCCUGAUCCCGUAUAUCUUAGAAUCUAAAGAUCCCAUAGGUUGUCCAAGCCGUACAACAUACCUAAAAAACUAAAAAAACUUUGCUUUCCAGUAACAACCCCCUCUAUGCCGUGGCAUGGAACCCCAACGAUGGCUCCAUCUUGUCGGCGGACAAAAAGCGCACCGCGUGCAUGUGGAUGUAA